UAAUAAACACGCCUUUUUUGGUGUUAUUUGCAAUUCAAAUGACAAUUACAUUAUACAUAAUUAGAACUUAAAAACUUUGAUUAUUAAGACGAUGUAUUUUGACAUGGUAUAUGAUUAAGACAUUUAAGACGUAUGCUUUUUGGUGAUCCAUUUGUAAGCUUGCGAUUAAUACUUCAAUUUAAGCGUUAAUUUAUAAAUAUGGUGGAAGUGAGUAAGUUUUGGUUCGACAAGGCCUGUAGGCAUCGGGAGUGUCACAACAUAAUCCAUCCAUGGACUUACAAGUGUAGUGAUGCGACAAUAAGCAUGCUAGCAAGUAACAUUAAAGGGGCUUACAAAUUCUAUGCCAUGGUAUACCUGAUUCAAAUCUUGAUGAGAGGCAAGAAACUGAGUAAAGAAGAGAUGCUGGAACAGUUUAAGCUGUAUCUUAAGUCUGGAGUAUUCGGCCUCACGGUUGGAAGCUCUUUCGUCACAUUAAACUGCAUAUUCAGGAAAUUGUUCUUCAGCGAGUUCACUUACUAUAAGACAGUAUUGCUGCCCUGCACCAUCAGUGGUCUAGCGGUGUACUGUGAACCGCCAUACAGAAGAGUGAUGGUUGUUAACCUUUUCGUUAACUUGGUAUUUGAAUAUUGGUUAAGGACACUAGAAAUGAAGGGUUGGCUCCGACGGUCCCCUGGCAGGGAAACGCUUAUCUUCAUGCUUGGAAGUGCUGUCUUCUUCUAUCUAAUGCGAAAAGAACGAGAGAAUCCGAAACGGACUCCUUUGUUUUGGUUCUUCACGCCUCCCCGAGUGUCGAAACAAGUAGGGGAGCCGGUGGAAGGCGUUGGAGGCAGGAGCCCGGCUUGUCCCCACGCGGGGAAUUGUGUCAACUACGUGUUGAAGGGUACAGCGCAGCUAUUCGGCGUCGGCUGCGCAAUGACGAUGCUCCGGCAGAUUAUCCCUAAGAUACUGACUCCGGCUAAAGCGUUCAAGUCUUUGAAGUUCUCGCAUAUGAAACUUGGCAUUUUCUUCGGAGGUUACAUAGGAAUUUAUAGGUUGAUAGUGUGCCUGCUGUGCCGCGCGCUGGGGCGCGACAGCGCGCUGUGGGCGCUGCCCGCGGGCUUCCUGGCCGGCGCCGCCUUCCGCGUGGCGCCCUCCACGCCCAUCGCCUUAGCCCCGCUCACGUCCACGCUGCAGAUUCUGGGCUCGUGGGGCUACCAGAAAGGCCUCAUCCCCGAGUACCUGCCGUUAGUGGAGCUGUUAUACUGCCUGUGCCAAGGCCUGCUGUUCCACGCGCGCGUCAUGCAUGAGGACGUCUGUCCGCGCUACAUCAUCAACUUGAUGCACACCGUCACUAGUAACCGAGCCGAUGAAAUCCAGCAAGGUUUUGUACAAAAAGUUUUGAAAGCACUAUAAAGUAUGCACAAAAUUGAAAUUAUUUAUUUUUAGCAAAAUGUUACAUGAUAUAUUACAUUAUAAUAUUAUUUAACAAUGUUAAAUUACUUAGCGAUUCUGUGAUGAUUACGUUAUAAUUUGUGGUACAGGGUUAAUUUAAAUUUGGUGUUCUGUUUUGUUGUUAUUUUGGCGGUGUUUGGUUCUCUGUAUUUAUUUUAUAAGGAAUUUUGUGAGGAGAUUCAAAUAUUAGUAAAUCAUUUCAAUAUUGAUGAUACUAAUCUCUAAUUUCUAGUGUUUGAUACCAAAAUGCUCCUCACGAAACAAGCUACUAUUUCCAUAUAAAAUAUUAUCAAUGAUUGCCUUAUAAAGGUGAUGGUAGCAGUAAGAUUUAAGAUCAGUGGCGUAGUCUAUAUUAUUAUUAUUUUAGUGAAUACAACGUAAAACUGGUAGGUAGUGCUUAAUUUUAAGAUGUUAGGGGAAAUACAGCUACCGGGCUACCGCUUAACUUAGAAGGAUCGCCAGCGAGUUGUAUGAGCUCUUCAAAAGCUAAAUAAAGUAGCUUAGUUUGGGACUAAUGGUGAACAAUGUUUCCUAACUGACCAUAACAAAAACCAGUUACACACCUAUUUAAUUACACAAACGGGUCUACCGUGAUAUAAUUUCAUUGUUUUUCCUUAAAUUCCGACGCACCACCAUCACACCGCACACCGCCGAACUUUACCAAAUCACAGUGAACCAUAAUAACUUCACAUUUCAUAAGAACAGUCUGAAUUGAGCGGUAGACCUGGUGAGAGUAUGGUGUUAUGAAUGAUUUGCCACUGAUCAGUAUAGUAUAGACAAUUAUAAGAUAUAUAAUUAUAGAGCUACAAUACAUCGAACACAAGCUAAUUUUCUUUUAUAUUGUCUUGAUUGUAAUUGAUGAAUGUGCGAAACAUGUACACUACGAAUCUAUAUCACAAAAUAUGUGUUUAUGUUAAUAUUGAAUACAUAGGCGCGUUUGCCUUAUAUAUUUUAUUAAUUUGACCAUUGUUUAGCAUAAAAAGAAGAUACGCUUUCGGCGGGCGGACCAAUGUACGAAAAUCUAUGUGCGCCACUCCAUAAUACAUAAGUGAGUCCAUUUUCAUAAUACCUAAGUGCUGGAGUAAAAGACUAAAUUAACGAGAUUAUUUGUGUUAUCGCGAAAUUUGGAUUGCACCCUUUAAUACAGUAAAAUUAUACAUUUUGCGUUUGCGUCAAAUCCGGUAGUUCUGAUUUUUUGCAGGCUUGUUUAUGAUGUUGGCCCAGUGAAUAAUCCAAGUUUGUGACCUCGAGCGCCGAACGCAACUUUGUCAAAAAUCUAAUAAACCGCAAUUUUUUUAGAUUUGGGCGAUUAUAAACCUGAAGUACUAGUUUUUGAUAGUAACUUCCUAGGGCGUUUUUAAAGUAGACUAAAUUUGCUACAAUAAGGCACUAGAAUUGUCUCUGUACAUCUAAUAUUUUCCGAAAUAAAGCCUUUCAAAAUUUUAUAAUUUUAUGUCAGUUCUUAGCUAUAAUAUAAGGGUUAGGUUGGUAAUUUAUAUGGAAUUCAUCACCGGCACGUUCUACAAAAUAUUUAUUUUCCAUAAAAAAAUGUAUGAGUGCCUAUUUUGAAGAAAAAAAUAUUUUUAAGGAAAAUAAAUAUUUUGUAGAACGUGGCGGUGAUGAAUUUCAUAUAAAUUACCUGCCUAACCCUUAUAUUACACCUAAGAACUGAUGUAAAAUUAUAAAAUUUUGAAAGGCUUUAUCUCGGAAAAUAUUAGAUGUACAGAGACAAUUCUAGUGUCUUAUUGUAGCAAAUUUAGUCUACUUUAAAAACGCCCUAGGAAGUUACUACCAAAAACUAGUACUUUAGGGUUAUAAUCGCCCAAAUCUAAAAAAAAUUGCGGUUUAUUCGAUUUUUGACAAAGUUGCGUUCGGCGCUCGAAGUCACAAACUUGGAUUAUUCAUUGGGCCAACAUCAUAAACAUGUCUGCAAAAAAUCAGAACUACCGGAUUUGACGCAAAAGAGCCAGGUUACAAAAUUCGACAAAGUUACUGGAUUACUUAUUAUUAUAAGACUUCCUACUGCAAAGUUAGAUCGCUUGCUUCCAAAGUGAAGACUGUCAAAAUACCAAAUUAUAAUAUACAAGAUGAAAGUUAUAAAUCUGUGUUUUAUCUGAGCAUUAAAAUAAUAAUUCAUAAAGUGCUUCUCGAAUACAUUAAUUAAGUGGUUUCGAAUAUUGUACCUAUUACAUAAAAAUAGAUUAUGUUAUGUCAAUAUUUUUUUAAGCAAACCAAAACUACUAAAAUAGGAACGAAAGAAAUCAACUGAAGAACUGAACGAAUGACAUUCUGUUAUAGCAUGUACACCCAGUGUCCAUGCAAUUUUGCAGCUCGCAGUACGUAAAGGAUGAUUUUACUUAAAUAUUCGCUGCAUUCAACCCAGCUUUGAUCUUAUGUUCUCUUUUAUACGGAUUCGCAACUUUACCAUUUCUUUCGUACCUCACUUACAUGUUACCUAAUACACCGUGUUUUUUAAAAUAUCUGUUAACUUCGAGGUAUAACUAAGUACAUUUACCUAUAUAGCGUCUGACUAACUACCUAUAAGGUCCCAUGAACAAGCAUUGCAUUUAUGACAUAUAUUUUUUAAGUACUAGAAAAUGCACAAAUAGUGAAUCUAAGUCGAAUGUUUAUUAGAAAUUUUCUAUAUUUAUUUGUACGGAUAAGCACAACUUCGGUUUGGGAUUAUUCUGGAAUGAUUACAAAAUGUUCUGUUAGUGAUUGUUAUAUUUUUAUAAUAAAACGGUUUUGUACUAUAAA